AUGAGGGACUACGAAUCCAGAAUCACAGUGGUGAAAAACAAACGUCUAUGUUUUAACUGUUUGGAAACACACCAAGUAUCUAACUGUAAGUCUCAGAAAAGAUGCAGAAACUGUCAGAAAAGACACCAUACCAGUAUAUGUCAGAACUCAUCUCAAGUUCAACCGCCAAUACAGACGUCUUCAGCAUCUGCAGUCAGUGACAACCAGCUACAACAUCAGACUGCAGCGUUGCAUACUUACGAUCAUAUCACGUUUGAGCAGACGACAUGUGAGCAACAAACGCAGUACGUGCUGCUUAAGACAUCGAUAUCUCCCGUAACAUGCGGUAUCAUUUCAGCAGAUACUAACAUUCUUUUCGAUGAGGGUUCUCAAAGAUCAUUUAUCACGAGAGAGCAUGCAGACAAACUUAGACUUACAUCCACGGGAACUGACACUUUGCAUUUGGCGAGUUUUGGAAAUUCGAAGAAUAAAGUGCGCCACCUAGACACUGCCACAGUGUUUUUGAUUACGUCCACCAAAGAGAAAAUACCGAUUAAUGUGCUGAUAGUACCAACUAUAGCAGUACCGUUUCAGAAAUACAAGAAAAAUGUUUCUCACUUACAGCACUUGAAAGGUCUCAAAUUAGCGCAUCCGCUGACAGAAGACACAACGUUCGAGGUUCAACGUCUCAUUGGUGCAGAUUACUAUUGGAGAAUCGUUGAAGACAAAAUGAUCCGAGGUCCAGGACCUACAGCAGUCGCUUCCAAGAUUGGCUAUCUUCUGUCCGGUCCCGUCCCUUUUCAUGCGUCAUCUAGCAGAGCCACGACUAGUUUAACAUUGAAUGUUAUUACGCAGUCACCCAAAGAUAUUGACCUAGAAAAAUUUUGGAAACUUGAGAGCCUUGGUAUUCAACAGAGCGAAGAUGAAAUACUAGAGAGGAGUUACAUGACAGAGUAUCAAGACACGUCAGUUACGUUUACUGGUGACAAGUAUGUAGCGAAAUUACCCUGGAAAUUAGACCACCCCGCCCUUCCCACUAACUACGGCAUCGUGAAACGCCGAACUGAGACAUUGGUCAGUAGAUUAUGUCAAGACCCUGUGACAUUGAAACAUUAUGGAGAUAUUAUCAGGGAUCAAGAAAGCAGAGGUUUCAUAGAUGAAGUUCCAGAUACAGACCAACCCCACAACAGUGUCCACUACAUUCCACAUCACGCUGUGAAGAAAGAAUCAUCUACAACACCUGUACGCAUUGUCUACGAGUGUAGUUGUCGCAUGUCACGAAAUCAUCCGAGUUUGAACGAUUGUUUGCAGUCGACACCCCCAGAGCUCAACGAUCUUACAACCAUACUAGUCAGAUUCAGACUCAAACAGUAUGCCGUAGUCACCGACAUAGAGAAGGCUUUUCUUCACAUUGGAUUACACGAAAAUGACCGAGACAUGACGAGAUUUCUUUGGCUUUCAGACCCAACCAAUCCAGAGAGUGCACUAAAGACAUAUCGGUUUAAAUCUGUACUUUUUGGCGCGGUAUGUUCUCCAUUCAUUUUGAACGCAACGCUCUUGAAACAUCUACAGAGAAACGAAAAUACAUAG